GUCUACGGUUUUGACGUUAUCUUAUAAUCAGUUUAUGUUUUGUUUGUCUUCAUUUUUCAGGCUGAAUCAUAAUCUUUCGUUUACAGGCUCGAAAGCAGGACGACAAAAAACUGUUAUUUUUACAGAACACCAUGGUUAUAAGACAUGGAAGUGAUGUGGAGGACGAUAUAUCAACAGAUGGACAAAACACACCUAGCAGACGGAAUCAUCAGAGCAAUGAAGAACUUGCCAGAUAUAUGUUUGAACGUGUUUCUUUAUACAUAAACUUGAUCUGUACGAUAGCAAAUGAUUUAAUCAUACGUUACCGUGUCAAGGAAAUCAUUGGUUCCAUCUAUGAUGGCUUGAAAAAGUAUCCUUUGCUGGCAGUGGGUAUCGCUGCCAUUCUUUUCAUCGCCACGCUUCCGUUCAUGAUGUUUAUCUUCUUUACAUUAGCCACGGCCAUCAUGACUUUCACUGGAUUUGUACUGAUAGAAGGAACAUUAAUUACAAUAGCCUCUAUGAUGCUUGUAGGACUACUAGUUUGCGUAUUCGUUUUACUGACAUUCGUUGGACUGAUAUUUCUUGCCGGAUAUUUUGGUCUUUCGAAAAUGUAUGAUUAUUUCGAUCGUUUUAAUGCAUACAAUACGCGAAAUUUGAAUCUCCAUUAGAAUUAAGAGCCGUAAGUAAUAGUUACCUAUGUAUAACAGUAUUUUGCCGCAUGUAUAUGUAGUAUUUGAUUGAAACACAAAUCUCUCUUCUCUCGUUUGUUAAAUUAUGGUAUUACGGUUUACAUUUUACUUUAUAAGUAAGAAAAAAGCAGUACAGUAGAACAUGUUACGAAUUUUUAUUUGAAAAAAAAAA